AUGUCGCGGGUUUGCGGGUCGCGGUGCCCGUGGUGGCAGCGUGCCGUGUGGGCCCUGGCACUCUUGGUCUGCACCGCCCUCACCGCCGUGCAGAUCUGGGACAGACUCACCUACUACCUCCUGGUCCCGGUGACCGUCAACGUGCGCGUCACGAGGAACCAGUCGCUCAGGUUCCCCAUCGUGUCCUUCUGCAACAAGAACCGCUUCAACAUGACCGCCGUCAGAGCCCUCCAGGAGCGGCGUGGGAACGCAAGCACGAGGGAAUCCUGGGCGAUUCCCGGCCUCGUGGGGACGGCCGGAAUGUCGGCCUUGGACGUGUGGGAGUUCACCAGCCAUGACAAGAGCCGCAUGAUUAAGGAGUGUUGGUUUACCCGCGGGCGCACCUGUGAAGAGGUUGGCUCCUGGACGACGGUGUACACUGUACUCGGUGUCUGUUACCAGUACACUUUGCGUGAGCCCGUCGCCAUCUCCGGCAUCUUCAACAACUUGUACUUACUCCUGCACGACCAGGAAUCCGAAUCCUACGAGAACGACCGAGGCUUCAAGAUCCUUAUCCACGACCCGCGAGACGACCCCGUGAUUGACCUGAGGACCCACGGGACGACCCUGAUGGAGGGCUGGGUGAAGGACGUCCGCGUGGCCGUCAGGGAGUUUAAAACCAUCCCGACGAAUCGACGCCCAUGCAUUGCCACGCCCACUUACUCUUCUUCUCAGUGCAUCUCCAUGUGUUUCCUCCGCACUCUCUACGACGAGACACAGUGUCUUAUGCCCUACAUGAGCGCGUCCGUGGCCCCGACCGGCGAACCCUGCAGAACCCCAGAGCAGUACCGGCUGGCCAUGCAGAAGGAGCAGGACCUCCUCUUCUACGGCGGAUGGUCGCACGUCAAGUGCAGCUGCCUCAAGCAGUGCAACGAGGACAUUUACUCGACCUACACGGAGGCUGCGAAGACCUCCGGCAAGUCAGCCAAACUCAGGGUUUUCUUUCAGGACCUGACUUACGACGAAGUUUCCGAAAACAUCGCCUACGGCGCCAUCGCCCUCCUCUGCGACAUCGGGGGCACUCUCGGCCUGCUGCUAGGCGCCUCCGUGCUCACUUUCAUCGAGUUCGUGGAGGUCGUGGGCAUGAAGUUCCUGCCGCAGGGGCCUCGGCUGUAA